GCAACCUCUUCCUCAACCGCAGACUCUUCUCAUCGAGAUGCGGAAGAUGGAGGAAGACCUGAGCAACCUGCUGGAGAAGGGCCGCACAAUGGAGCAGGAUUCAGAGAUGCUCAACAUGCUUGCCACUGUCUCGGGGCUCAAGACACGCUUGAAGACCCUGCGCUCUGAGGCCGAAGGAAAGAAGAAUGAUAUUGAAACGAAGCAGAGUGAAUCUGAACAGCAGAAGUUCCACCUCAUCGAGUACCAGCAACUUCUCCAAGACCUCGAAUGUUGGGUCACGGAAACCUACUCACAGAUCACAGCUGAUGUCUGCCUUGGAUCCGUGACUGCCAUCCGUGAGCAAAUAACUCUCAACCAGAAUCUUCAGCGAGACUUGGUUCGCCGUGAAAAUCAGCUCACUGAACUACGAAGCAAAUGUGAGCGUGUGCAAGGUGAUGCACACAUCCAGUCACUGGCUCAAGAGAUGACUGACCACCUUGCCUUCCUGAGUCAGACCAUCUGUGACACACGCCUUGUGCUUCAGAAUCGUCUGCACCAGCUGAAGGAGAUCCUGGAGAAUGAAAGGAAGCGGUUACCUUCUGAUAGCCAGGACUCAGAGAAAGAGAGUGAGAGUACAAUUGCUUUAAAACAAGAGGAUCAGCCCAUCAGUGUAGUAAAAGAACAAGUGCAGCAAGAAGCCGAUGUGACCACGGAACCUGAAACAACUGAAACAACUGUUUACAAAGUGAUGAGAAGGAGAAGCAUUAAGAACGUCGUCAUGAUCGGCGGUAUGCCGGUUGAGACUGAAGAAGUGGUUGAAGAGCCAACUGAUCAGGCUACUGAUGUGGAGCCCGAGGGAACAACCACUGUCGUCAGAACUGUUCGUAGAAGGAGCAUCAAGUCCAUUGUCAUGGUAGAUGGUAAACCAAUAGAGACUGAAGAGGUUGUGGAGGAUCCUAUCUCAGUGUCAGAGGAGUUAGUUGAAAAGGACAAUGUGCUCCUGGAAUCUGUUUAUGAGCCUGAUGUGACUGCUCCCACAAGAGAAUUUGUGCCAAAGAGAAUGCAGAUCCUGAAGGAUGAAGGAGAGUUCUUGGAUUCUGCUGAAGAAGUUCAGGAACCAUCAGUGGCACCUACCAUAACCACCCAUCAAGUCAUUAGGAGAAUUGUAAAGAAGAUUGUCAUGAUUGAUGGAAAACCAGUUGAGAUUGAGGAAUUAGAAGAUCCUCAAGACAUAUCAGAUGAACUGAUGCAGGGUAAUCUUCCAGUAGACUCAGUCAUCACUCGAACAACAAGUGAUCCUGACUUGACAACCACCACCGUCAGGACAGUUGUGCGUCGCAGAAUAAAGAAGAUUGUCAUGGUAGAUGGUCAGCCAGUUGAAACUGAGGAAUUCAUUGAAGAACCUGUAGACACCACACUUGAAAAUCUUGAGGAUUAUGCUAAACAGUCUGUAAUACCUGAAUCAUCUGCAGAAUCUGAGAUAUUUACAACAGUUAGGAAGAUAAUAAAGAAAAGAAUAAUCAAGAAAAUUGUCAUGGUAGAUGGUAAACCAGUAGAGACUGAGGAAGUUGUGGAGGAUCCUAUCUCAGUGUCAGAGGAGUUAGUUGAAAAGGACAAUGUGCUCCUGGAAUCUGUUUAUGAGCCUGAUGUGACUGCUCCCACAAGAGAAUUUGUGCCAAAGAGAAUGCAGAUCCUGAAGGAUGAAGGAGAGUUCUUGGAUUCUGCUGAAGAAGUUCAGGAACCAUCAGUGGCACCUACCAUAACCACCCAUCAAGUCAUUAGGAGAAUUGUAAAGAAGAUUGUCAUGAUUGAUGGAAAACCAGUUGAGAUUGAGGAAUUAGAAGAUCCUCAAGACAUAUCAGAUGAACUGAUGCAGGGUAAUCUUCCAGUAGACUCAGUCAUCACUCGAACAACAAGUGAUCCUGACUUGACAACCACCACCGUCAGGACAGUUGUGCGUCGCAGAAUAAAGAAGAUUGUCAUGAUUGAUGGAAAACCAGUUGAGAUUGAGGAAUUAGAAGAUCCUCAAGACAUAUCAGAUGAACUGAUGCAGGGUAAUCUUCCAGUAGACUCAGUCAUCACUCGAACAACAAGUGAUCCUGACUUGACAACCACCACCGUCAGGACAGUUGUGCGUCGCAGAAUAAAGAAGAUUGUCAUGAUUGAUGGAAAACCAGUUGAGAUUGAGGAAUUAGAAGAUCCUCAAGACAUAUCAGAUGAACUGAUGCAGGGUAAUCUUCCAGUAGACUCAGUCAUCACUCGAACAACAAGUGAUCCUGACUUGACAACCACCACCGUCAGGACAGUUGUGCGUCGCAGAAUAAAGAAGAUUGUCAUGAUUGAUGGAAAACCAGUUGAGAUUGAGGAAUUAGAAGAUCCUCAAGACAUAUCAGAUGAACUGAUGCAGGGUAAUCUUCCAGUAGACUCAGUCAUCACUCGAACAACAAGUGAUCCUGACUUGACAACCACCACCGUCAGGACAGUUGUGCGUCGCAGAAUAAAGAAGAUUGUCAUGAUUGAUGGAAAACCAGUUGAGAUUGAGGAAUUAGAAGAUCCUCAAGACAUAUCAGAUGAACUGAUGCAGGGUAAUCUUCCAGUAGACUCAGUCAUCACUCGAACAACAAGUGAUCCUGACUUGACAACCACCACCGUCAGGACAGUUGUGCGUCGCAGAAUAAAGAAGAUUGUCAUGAUUGAUGGAAAACCAGUUGAGAUUGAGGAAUUAGAAGAUCCUCAAGACAUAUCAGAUGAACUGAUGCAGGGUAAUCUUCCAGUAGACUCAGUCAUCACUCGAACAACAAGUGAUCCUGACUUGACAACCACCACCGUCAGGACAGUUGUGCGUCGCAGAAUAAAGAAGAUUGUCAUGAUUGAUGGAAAACCAGUUGAGAUUGAGGAAUUAGAAGAUCCUCAAGACAUAUCAGAUGAACUGAUGCAGGGUAAUCUUCCAGUAGACUCAGUCAUCACUCGAACAACAAGUGAUCCUGACUUGACAACCACCACCGUCAGGACAGUUGUGCGUCGCAGAAUAAAGAAGAUUGUCAUGGUAGAUGGUAAACCAGUAGAGACAGAGGAGAUUGUUGAGGAGCCUGAGGAAGUAACAGAUGAGAUUGGUGAGGGAGCACCAAGAGAAGGAAUUAGCACAGAGAUUAUCACUGAGCCUGAUGAAGUAACCACAACAACUGUGCGUAGAAUCAUCAGGAGGAGAGUCAUCAAAAAGAUUGUGAUGAUUGAUGGUAAACCUGUAGAAACUGAGGAAGUAGUGGAGGAACCAGAAGAGGUCAGUGAAGAGAUGCUGCAAACCUUACCAAAAGACUCUGUUACAAUGGAGGCCAUCACAGGACAUAAAAUCAUCAGGAGAAGAAUCAUUAAGAAGAUCAUUAUGGUCGAUGGUAAACCUGUUGAGACUGAAGAGGUUGUGGAAGAGCCUGAGGAAGUAACCGGGGAAAUGAUCGAGGCAAAACCAGGAGAAUCAGUUAUCACUGAGACCAUCACAGAACCUGAUGAAGUAACCACAACAACUGUGCAUAGAAUCAUCAGGAGGAGAAUCAUCAAAAAGAUUGUGAUGAUUGAUGGUAAACCUGUAGAAACUGAGGAAGUAGUGGAGGAACCAGAAGAGGUCAUCCAUCAUAGACUUUGUAUGUAUAAUGACCCUUGUAUACCCUACGCUAAUAGGCUAGAACUUUGGUGUAGGAUAUUCCUAGUUACCAUGUUUCCUGGGCUAAAUGCUUUGGAAAUUCGUACACUUUCUUUAAGGGACGCGUCAGGAAUUAGUGCUCCACUCCCAGCUGCUCCUAAGUGUUGCUUCUGGGAUGUUAAUAGCAUCAUUGUUCCACACGAUGAAGUUGAGAAUAAUUUGAGCAGUUUUGGCCUUCCCAUCUGGGUUUGA